GGGCUGCAGAUCACAUGACUCCACCUGGCAACACUAGUGAGACCCGGCUUGUCUGAGCCAAGAUACAACAUACUUGCUGGAUGCCAUCAGAAGAGGACAAUUUCUUCUUCUCUUGAUGUAGAGCUGUUAUCACACAAGGCUCUAUGGAAAAAUAAUAACGUUAAAAUUCUGUCGUUCAUUUUGAAAUGAACAAGGCUUUCAUGAUACGUCUAGUCUUUGGAGAUGAGAAUACGAGAAGACAGGUAAACACAAGACGUGAAGAGUAGUGAAAGGGACUAGUGCUUGCCAACGUGGCCUGAGAGGGAGGCCGGGUCAACACCGUGAGGAGAGCCCUGCACUGUUUUCCAAAGAUGCUCUUGAAGUAGUCCUCAUUAACACAGCUUGCCUUUACCUGCCAAAGCUCUUCAUCAUGGGCUGCAUGAAGUCAAAGGAAACGUUCCCAUUUCCUACCACAUUAGACAUUGACAAGCUACGUGAGAGCGAAGAGGCCUUUAUGCCAGAUGACAGCUGUCAAUAUAGGACACCUUCUACAGAUGAACAACAGCAAGUCCAGGAAGUGAAGAAACUCCCAGAGCCCAGUACUGUGAUUGGUACCGUGAUCCUUGAAUUUGCAGACCGUCUGGCCAAUGAAAUUGUGGAGGAUGCCUUGCAGCAAUGGGCAUGUGAAAACAUCCAAUACUACAACAUCCCAUACAUUGAGAGUGAGGGCUCUGACACCACCAUUGAUUGAUGAUACUCAACUGUGCUCUGGAUGUAGUUGGUGCUAGUUAAAUAUAUAAGUUUUCAAAUUCCAA